AAGCUAACCUUCCAUUUAUGCUUUUAAUUUUUCUCCUAUAAAUACUACCACCGCUUCUUUCUUUCUCCCUCAAUACACAUAAAAUACAUACCGGAGAAGAUGGGUUCCAUAGCAGAAAUGGAGAAGCCACAUGCUAUAUGUAUCCCCUAUCCAGCACAAGGCCACAUCAACCCAAUGAUGAAACUUGCCAAGCUCCUUCAUUUUAAGGGCUUCCAUAUUUCCUUCGUCAACACCCACUACAACCAUAGCCGCCUGCUCCGAUCCCGAGGUCCUUCAUCCCUUGAUGGUCUGCCUGAUUUUCGUUUCUACGCCAUCCCCGACGGUCUUCCGCCAUCUGAUGCUGAAGCCACCCAGUCCAUCCCGGCCCUCUGUGAAUCUGUUCCUAAGCACAGUUUCGAACCUUUCUGUGAGCUGAUUAAUAUGCUUAAAGGUGGCGAGGAGUCUGACGUGCCACCUCCAACCUGUAUAAUAUCCGAUGGGUGCAUGAGCUUUACGCUUAAAGUUGCCCAAAAGUUUGGGUUGCCAGAAGUAUUAUUCUGGACGCCGAGUACUUGCGGAGUUUUGGCUUACACUCACUAUCAUGAUCUUGUUGAAAAGGGUUAUACUCCCCUCAAAGAUAUGAGCGAGAUAACAAAUGGGUACUUAGAGACAAACUUAGAUUGGAUUCCUGGAAUGAAUAACAUCCAAUUAAAGGAUUUCCCCAGUUUCAUUCGAACCACAGACAUGCACGACACCAUGUUGAACUAUCUCAUCACCGAAACUGCAGCUAUCCCUAGCGGCUCCGCUGUGGUGCUCAACACUUUCGAUGCUUUAGAACAAGAUAGUGUUAACCCUUUAAUUGCCUUAAAUCCAAGAACCUUCACCAUAGGCCCACUACACUUGAUGCAACAACAUAUUGAAAAUGACCGAGUCAAACACAUUGGCUCCAACCUCUGGAAGGAAGAUGAGAGUUGCAUCAGUUGGCUUGACACAAAAGACCCUGGUUCAGUUGUUUACGUUAACUUUGGAAGCAUUACAGUCAUGACAAAAGAACAACUCAUCGAGUUUGGGUGGGGACUGGCGAAUAGCAAGAAAGAUUUCUUGUGGAUUACAAGGCCCGACAUUGUCGGAGGCGAUGAGGCCAUGAUGCCACCGGAGUUUGUUGACGAGACAAAAGGGAGAGGCAUGGUGACUAGUUGGUGCCCUCAAGAACAGGUUUUAAAGCACCCAGCAAUUGGAGCAUUCUUGACUCAUAGUGGAUGGAACUCGACUAUUGAGAGUAUUAGCAGCGGUGUUCCAGUGAUUUGUUGGCCGUUUUUUGCAGAGCAACAAACGAAUUGUCGUUAUAGUUGUGUAGAAUGGGGGAUUGGAAUGGAAAUUGAUUCCAAUGUAAAGAGAGAGGAGGUGGAAGCUCAGGUGAGGGAGAUGAUGGAUGGGAAGAAAGGGAAAAUGAUGAAACAUAAGGCUUUGGAAUGGAAGAAGAAAGCGGAAGAAGCAGUUGCUAUUGAGGGGUCGUCUUAUCUCAACUUUGAUAAAUUAGUUACUGAGGUUCUCUUGAGAAAGUGAAGUCAAUAUUCAAUUCUAAUAGUUAUUAAUAUCGUCAUAAAAAGUAUUGGAAACUUUACUUGGUAUUGACUUAAAAAAGAGGUCAACGUAACUAGACAUUUACUACGUACAACAUGUAUGUCUUUGGUUCACACAAUUUGUAAAGAUUAUGAGAAAAAAAUAUGAUUGUUUAUUUUUAGCGUUAAA